AUGGCCACCAGCCCGCAACCGCCCCCGUUCCAGACCGCCCUCCUGGCCGGCGCCCUGGCCGGCACCACCGUCGACCUCUCCCUCUUCCCGCUCGACACGCUCAAGACGCGCCUGCAGUCGAGCGAAGGGUUCUUCGCCUCGGGAGGCUUCCGCGGCAUCUACCGGGGCGUCGGCUCCGCCCUGGUCGGGUCCGCCCCGGGCGCCGCCUUUUUCUUCUGCACCUACGAGGCGACCAAGUCGCACCUCGGGCCGCUGCUCCGCGACGUUUCACGCUCACACUCACACUCGCCGUCGCUGUCGUCGUCGUCAGCAGCAGCCGCUCUCGAGCACAUGGUGGCCGCCUCGCUGGGCGAGAUCGCCGCGUGCGCGGUGCGCGUGCCCACCGAGGUGGUCAAGCAGCGGGCGCAGGCGGGGCGGCACGGGGGCUCGUCGCUGCGGUCGCUGCUGCACAUCCUGGGCCAGCGCGACCGCCGCGGGCUCGUCGGCGUCUGGCGCGAGCUGUACCGCGGCUGGGGCAUCACCGUCAUGCGCGAGGUCCCCUUCACCGUCCUGCAGUUCCCCCUCUGGGAGGCCCUCAAGGCCUGGGGGCGGGAGCGCAAGGUGCGCACCGGCACCGGCCUGUUCGGGGACGCGAGCGCCCACUCGGGCGGCGAGGUCGGCGCGGCCGAGUCGGCCCUCUACGGGAGCAUAGCCGGCGGGUUCGCCGCCGCCGUGACCACGCCGCUGGAUGUGCUCAAGACGAGGGUCAUGCUGAGCGCCCAGCGGGAGAGCAUGGCGAGCAUCGUGCGGACCACGCUCGAGGAGAACGGCAUCAGGCCCUUCUUUGCCGGCAUCGGUCCGCGCGUCAUGUGGAUCAGUGCCGGAGGCGCGAUAUUCUUGGGGAGUUACCAGUGGGCGGUGAACGCGCUCGAGAAGAGCAAGCUGGUCAUAUGA